AUGAUGACAUCUUUUGCUCUCCUUUGUCUAUCAAUUGCUAUAAUUGAAUCCCUGGCAGGAAUUCUGGGAAAUGGAAUUAUCUUGGCUGCCAGUUCAUCGAGCUGCAUUGGGAGCAAAAUCUGGCCCCCAUAUGAUAUGAUCAUGAUCUCCCUGAGUUCAUCUAGAUUCAUUUUGCAGUCAUGGAUUACACUGGAUUCCUUUAUGACUAUAUUUUAUGAAAACUUCUUUUAUACAGAAAAUGUGUACCUAGUUCCCAAGACAAUUUUUACCUUUCUGAACUACUCCAGCCUCUGGUUUGGAGCCUGGCUUAGUGUCUUCUAUUGCAUCAAGGUUGCCAGUUUUACACAGUCUUUCUUCAUCUGGCUGAAGCUGAGAAUUGCCAGGCUGGUGCCCUGGAUGCUGCUCACAUCAUGGCUCUGCUCCUUCACAGCCGCAAUUUCCUUUGCCUGGGAUGACCACAGUGUGCACGAGAACAUCACUACUCCUUCAUCCAUGACAAACCCUUCAGCAUGGACAACCACAAGGAAAGACAGUUUGGGUUUAUUAAUUCUUAUCUGUAAUGCUGGUAUAGGUAUGCCUUUAAUACUGUCUGUUGUUUCAAGUGUACUGCUGAUUCGGUCUCUGUGGACACACACCAGACGCAUGCAAAAUAAUGCAAGUGGCUUCAGGGAUCCCAGUUUAGAGGCCCAUAUGAAAGCCAUCAAGUCAGUCUGCUCCUUCCUUUUCCUUUACAUUAUAUACUUUAUUUGUGUUCUUGUCAUAUUAUUUAACAUUUUUUCACGUUUAAGCAAUGGAGAAAUGAUUUGUGUCGUUUUAAUGGCUGCCUGCCCUACAGGACAUUCCUUUGUCAUAAUUUGGAACAAUCCCAAAUUUCAAAAGCUGCCAGCUAGGAUUUGGCACCACACUAAUUGCCAUGGCAGAACUGCAUCCAUGUAA